AUGCCGGUAAGUAGAACUUAUCAACCGGAUAGACUAAUAUGGCAUUUUACUAAGGCUGGGAAAUAUUCCGUCAAAUCAGGAUAUCGGUUGGCCCGAGAAUUAAUCACGGAUGUAGAGUAUGGGCCGACGUGUAUGGCUUUACGGGCUCAGUCGUGGAAACUAGAUGUACCCUCGAAGAUCCAACACUUUUUUUGGCAGAUUGGAUCGAGUACUCUUCCAGUGUUAGAACGUCUUGCGCAUCGGGGUGUUCGUUGUGAUACCGUCUGUAAGCGAUCUGCUUCUGUAGUGGAAACUAUAAACCAUGUGCUCUUUGAGUGUCCUCGGUCUCGAUGUAUUUGGGAGCUGUCCCCUAUUCUGAUGGAUCCGGAGGGUUUUCCAUAUACAUCGAUUUAUGCGAAUUUAGAUUUCAUAUUUUGGCGGGCGUCUUCACAAUCCGGGGCUUCGGAUAUAGGCAUUCAUCUACCUUGGAUUAUCUGGUCAAUUUGGGAAGAUAGGAAUACAAAUGUUUUCCAGGGUAUCGAGCUAGAACCAAUUGAUAUUUUGAAUCAAGCGGCUACUGAUAAAUUAUUGUGGGAGGAGGCCAAGUAUUACUCAGUGAGAUACCUGGAUCCUCCGCCUUUAUUGGAGGACAGCGGUUCCUCUCCCCGAUGUCAAGUUGAUGAUUCUUGGAAAGGUACGGAUCCAUUUCAGGGCCUGGGUUGGUGGUGUUGCAGUGGAGAGGUUUCAACGCUUCUGUUGGGAGCACGGAGUCACCGACGGGGCAUCUCCCCUUUACAUGCAGAAUUACAAGCGCUGAUUUGGCCUAUGGAGUCUUUACUGGUGGCUGGAGUCGACUAUCAGGCUUUUGAGACGGAUAGUGUAAAGCUAGUUGCGAUGGUGCAGACACCGGAUGAUUGGCCUGCCUUUUCUAAUCUGCUGGCGGAUCUCUCUUUGCUUCGAACUUCCUAUCCCUCCUUCACCCUCACCAGGAUCCCACGAGACGCCAACUUUAGGGCUGAUUGUCUUGCUCGAUCUUCAUGA